UAUUUCACAGUGCUUUAACUAUGGUAUUUUGAUGGGCAGUAAUUUCAUUUUCUUGUGAUUUUCGAGAAGUUGUUGAUAGGCAAAUUCUUAAAAAAAGAAUAAUAAGUGUAAUAUAUUGCCCCUUUGUAUUUUCUGCCAGUGUAUGGAAGCACACAUACAUGCAAACUUGCUGCAUGAAUCUUGUGUCCUUUGUCUUUGAAUUGUUUCGCCUGUCUGUGAACUGUUUCCUUUGCCUAAAUUAAUAUUUAAGCAGUUUGGAUGAGUUGGCUUUUGAGCCAACCCAGAAGCUCGCUUCUUAUUAUGCUAGACACAUUUAAAACUGAUAUAUUUGUUAGUUAUAUAAGCUUCAUUUGUUUUCCACUAUUUUCUGUAUUUUUUCCUUCCUCUGUGAUUAAAACAGUGUGAAUAAAGAUGUGAUUUGAUUGGAUUUAAGUUUGUGUCGUGUAUAAUGGCUGUAAUUAUGUACUUUAGGCUGAAGCACGUCUUGCCGCUAAGAGAGCAGCCAGAGCUGAGGCGAGAAGUAUUCGUCUGAAAGAGCUUGAACGCCAGCAACAGGAAGGAGAAAAUGUUGAUGAUGAUGACCAGAGCAUAAAUGAUGAGCCACCAAUCCCACCAGCAAGAAAGCAGAAGGCUCCAGUAGCACGAUCAAUUUCUGCGGGAUCAUCAGGCACAAAUACCACCACUAAGGAUCAGAACAUUGACAUGAAUGGACCACUGGUGCCUGAAAAGGUCUUGAAGAGCAUUCAGGACAAUUUGAAAGAAACAGAAGAAAAGUACAGGAAAGCAAUGGUAUCAAUUGCUCAACUAGACAACGAGAAGCAGGCACUGUUGUAUCAAGUGGACUGUCUGAAGGACAGGCUGGCUGAAGAGGAAGAAAUCUCAAGUGAAGUUAAGGCUGAAUUUAAAGAGAAAACAAAGGAAUGCAGUAAAUACCAAAAGACCAUAAAGGGGAAUGAAGAAGAAAUCAAGAGACUAAAUGAAGCCAUUGAAUUUAGAGAUAACUUCUUGGCGGAGCGAGGUCUUUCCCUUUAUGAAGACCAGGAAUUGAAGGAUUGCGAAGAUCAAGAAGCAAGCACAGUUUCACUUAGAGAUGCUAUUAGUUUGGCUGUCCCUGAUGAAACUUCUUCAGACCGAAGCAGUGUGUCAGAGCCACCAAAGAGUCGUUCAAACAGUCGCCGUCCUUCCUUAUCAGAUGAAAAGGAUGUAUUAGUUUUACAGGUGAGAACAUCUUUCACUAUUAUUUUCUACAUCACUCUCCUAACUUUUGGUUAUGAAUUCAUCCUAGAGGCACUGUGUGCAUAUCUCUUUUCUUGUGCCAGCACAAGUUGUCCAAAGCAAAACAUGAAGUUUCAUUCUGUAUUUCAUGAUGUUUUCAGUUUAUGCACAAUGGUUUAUUGGUUAAAUGUUUAGUAAAAAGUUCUACAUCUAGUUAAGCCUACCC